GAUGUUAUGCGACGUCUAAGUGGCCUUUCGUGGGAAAGUCCACGACAACGUGGGAGGGAAUGGAACUGGAAGCUCGUCGCUUUUUUCGACGUACAUGACUGAAGUCCAAACAAAACGGCGUUCGUUCGUUGAGGCUUUUUUUUUGGCUCACUUGGCGCGGAAAGGUCAGACGUGCUCGCAGUAGCGAGUCGUCUUCUCCAAAAUAGGAGGGCAUGCAAAUGUUGCCUUCAAUCGAGGCUGACGCAAUAGCCGAGUCACGCGGCAUUAUAUACAGCAUACACAUAUUCAAAUACGGAGAUCAUCAUCAUCAUCAUAAAAUACACCCAUAACCUAAAGUGGUUAAACUAACCAGCCUCCAAUAGUCCUUUUGCGACUUAGUUUGACUGCUGUUGAGACUGAAGCUUGGGGACUGUUGACAAAGUGCUAAUGUACUCGAAUGUACUCGCCAAUGCUGCUGUGCGAUGGUACAGACGUUGGAUUACAUUUAGCUCAGGACUGUCUGUAUGUGGACGGAUGCUUUGAUUGACUUGGUCCAUCUUAUGUUCUGUUCUCCUCAACUGGGGUGAUGAUGAUGAUGAUGAUGAUGCGUCGUCAUGCACCGCCACCCCAAGUGAUAGGGUUGCUUACCACUUUUCUCCUGUUCUUCCGGCCUGACCUUUGGUAUCCUGUUGGCGACGUCACCAAACACGUGACCAUCCACGGACUACGUUGUACCCGCCGGCUCCCUCGACAUUCAUCGCUUCGAAUGGCUUUUGGGCCGGCGACCACGAUACCACUGGGUGAUGCGCUCUCAUUAAACUUCGGUUGUUAUUUUUGAUACGGUUUGUGUCCUCUCUGCUACUGGAUGAACAUGCUUGCCGUAUUUGUCCGGACUCGCUCUGCUAUGGUUGGCCUCCAACUUGCAAACCGUCUCCAAUCUCGAUGUUCGUUUAUGGGAAACACUGUGGCACAGGUCGAUAAAGAAAUUGCCAAACUUCUAAAGCUGAAGGCACAAUUGGGAGAAGAUGAUGGAAAACAUCAGUUUGUUCUCAAAACAGCUAAGGGGACGAGAGACUACAGCCCAAAGCAGAUGGCAAUCAGAGAGAGUGUUUUUCACACCAUCAUCAGUUGCUUCAAACGUCAUGGAGCGGAAACAAUCGACACACCAGUUUUUGAACUCAAAGAGACCCUGACAGGGAAGUAUGGAGAAGACUCCAAGCUCAUUUAUGACCUUAAAGACCAAGGAGGAGAGCUGCUGUCCCUCAGAUAUGACCUCACCGUGCCAUUUGCUCGCUACCUGGCGAUGAACAAGAUCACCAACAUCAAGCGAUAUCACAUUGCUAAGGUCUACCGCCGAGAUAACCCUGCUAUGACCCGUGGACGCUAUCGAGAGUUUUACCAAUGUGAUUUUGACAUUGCCGGGCAGUAUGAUAGCAUGGUUCCAGAUGCUGAGUGCUUGAGGAUUGUCCACGAAAUCCUCAGUGAGCUGGACCUUGGGGACUUCCGCGUCAAGGUCAACGACAGGCGCAUCCUUGAUGGGAUGUUUGCCGUGUGCGGCGUUCCAGAUGACAUGUUCCGCACCAUCUGUUCAACAGUCGACAAACUGGACAAGAUGCCAUGGGAGGAUGUGAAGAGAGAGAUGGUGAAUGAGAAAGGCUUGUCAGAGGAGGCUGCUGACCAGAUUGGGAAAUACGUCAGUAUGCAGGGUGGGAUGGACUUGGCAGAGCGCCUCCUUCAGGACCAGAAAAUGUCUCAGAGUAAGCAAGCUUGUGCAGGUCUAUCAGACAUAAAACUGCUCUUCAGCUACUUGCAACUUUUUCAGGUUACAGACAAGGUGGUGUUUGACCUCAGUCUUGCACGGGGUCUGGACUAUUACACAGGAGUCAUAUAUGAAGCAGUGCUGUGUCAGGCAGGUGCAGAGUCCUCCUCCACUCAAGUUCAAAAUAGCGCCCCUACUGAUGAAUGUGUUAGUGUGGGCAGUGUUGCUGGAGGGGGACGCUAUGAUGGAUUGGUUGGCAUGUUUGACCCCAAUGGUAAGAAAGUGCCAUGUGUGGGCGUCAGCAUCGGCAUUGAGAGAAUCUUCUCUUUCAUGGAGCAAAAAGCUGAGGCUUUAGCGUUGAAGAUACGCACAACUGAGGUGCAGGUGAUGGUGGCAUCUGCGCAGAAGAACUUGAUGGAGGAGAGGCUCAAACUUGUCACUGAACUUUGGAAUGCUGGAAUCAAGGCAGAAGUGAUGUACAAGAAGAACCCCAAAUUACUCAGUCAGCUGCAGCACUGCGAGGAUUCAGGGAUCCCCCUUGUGGCCAUACUUGGUGAACAGGAGCUACGAGAUGGUGUGGUCAAGCUCCGUGUUGUGGCCACGAGAGAGGAGGUUGAUAUUUCAAGAGCCGAUCUUGUCGACGAGAUCCGGAGGAGGACCUGAGACCUGAGGCCUAAUUCAGCCACAAAUGCAUCGUGGGUUGCCUGCACCUUUACUGGUCUUUUUUUAUUUGUAAUUUUUUUAAAUUUUGUUGCCCUGCCCUCAUGUUUUUGAUGAAUGCAUCAUGGAUCAUAAUCAAUGUCCAUCUAUCAUUUACCGCUUCACAACUCUUGGAUCUCUUGGAAAUCUGUUGUUGGAGUCUAUAAGGUACUCUUAAUGGAGAUGUUGAAAUUAAGUGUUCAAAACCAUGCUGAUGUGACUUAACAUUUGUGACAUGCUGAAUAAAACUAUUUAAGGUGA